AUGGCGUCGCGUACGGCUGACUAUAAGACGGAAGCGAGUGGUAAGAAGGGUAGUCUCAUGAAGACUAUCGCCCAUAUACUGGGUCUCAAAGACUACGCCAGUCUGGACGCCAGCGUAACCCUCGGCGAACUCGGUAUGGACUCAUUGAUGUCGGUUGAGGUGAAGCAGACACUGGAAAGGGAUUACGACUGUGUCCUGUCGAUGGAGGACAUCAGGCGAUUGACUGUCCGCCGAAUCGCUGCAAUUGAUCAACAAAAUCAUGAUAAUAAUAAUGGCGACAAAAGUGGCCAAUUGUUGAGCAGUCAAGACUCGCCGGUCAAUGACUUUACGUUCACUGUUGCGACCGAUAGUGUCGAGUAUAUCAAUGAGGGAAAGACCGGACGACCGGUGAUACUACUGCCACCGUUGGACGGGUCGUACGGUUUGCUCAACGAUUUGGUCGCCGCUAUGGAUAGGCCAGUAAUUGGUCUCAAUUGGACUCACGAUUGCGGGCCAUUGGUUACCAUUGAAGACACGGCUCGACAUUAUCUCAACGUAAUUGACGAAAAGCUGAAAAAUUUGGGCAAUGAUUACGAUUUGAUGGGCUAUUCGUUUGGCGGAUGUGUGGCCUACGAGAUGGCCGUCCUUUUACAGCAACGGCCGCAACAACUGUCGGCCGACACCAGACUUAUACUAUUGGACUCAUCGCCCGUUCAGUUUGGCAUAUAUGCCGACGAAGUGAUGAAAAAGUAUCAAUUGUCUGACCAUAAGAGCCAAGAGUUGGAGACUCUGAUGACAUUCCUCGCCCAAUACGUGUCCGUCGACUACAAGUCCGUCAGAGAGACUCUGGAGAAGACACCGGCGGAGGAAAGGGUGGAAAAGGUGUCCCAAAUCUUUCUGUCAUCGAUGCGCAAAAAUAUGGAUCAAAUGAAUGGUGUGACCGAAGAAUCAGUUGAAUUCAUUGCCAAGAGUUUCUCAAACAAGUUAUUAAUGCUAAACACGUAUAGCGUUUGCAAUAAACAACGGUUUGGCGGCGAGAAUGGCGUGAAGUUUGCAAACGAUUUGCUUUUGAUUAGAGCCGAAGACAAUAUCGUUAACAAUAAGGAUCUCAUCAAACAUGACUACGGAUUAUCUCAAACUAGCUUGAUGUGA